UGUACUUAAGGAUAAAGCGUCGUCGUUUGAGGUGAUAUCAUUUAUUCUUCCUGAUUUCUCAGAAAGUUUUCCCGGCAAACAAAACCAGGGUUUAAGAGCUCGCACCAUAGCUGGGAAGCUCCAUAGAGCGAGAAAAUGAGAUUCAACUUCGAAUUUGAGGAGAAGAAAACGGAUCAGGGAAGUUCCUCCACGCCCAAAAAUGAAGUCGAAUGGGUGCCCCUGAAGGCUCACCCAGUGUUCACUGCUGCUGCCGUUCCUGCCCAUGGCUCCAACUUCGGUCCAGCCCCCACAAAUCUCUUGGCUUGGGACGGAGCUUCCCGGCUCUACUUUUGGGACUCCGAACAACUCUGCCUUCAUAGGAUUUCCCUUCGGCUCGGCGACCCAGAACCUACUUCUGUCCUUGCCGCUUCUCCUUCAAAGGUGUUGCGACCGGAUGUGGAGCUUGGAUUUGUUCUUCAUAAAAUUUCCAUUAAUAGGAGUGGUUCAGCACUGUUGCUUUUUGGUUCAGAUGCCUUGAGUGUUAUGUAUCUCUACGGACGUGGUUCUUCUAAAGACGAUGCCAUUAUAUGCAGGACUGUUAGUGUUGGUUCACAAAUCUAUUCUAACGGGAGCAGUGUCAUCCGUGUGCUGCAAGUUUUAUGGCACCCUUACAGUGAUACUCACUUGGGAAUUCUUUCUUCUGAUUCAGUUUUCAGAAUUUUUGAUCUCUCUUCAAAUAUUAUUCAACCAGAGCAAGAGUAUUAUCUUCAACCUUUGGAACCAGGAAGACAAAGGAAUGCGACAUCAAUUUGCGCAGUUGAUUUUUCAUUUGGUGGUGACCACUUAUGGGACAGGUUUAGUGUCUUUAUUUUGUUUAGUGAUGGUUCAGUUUACACCCUCUGCCCAGUUGUUCCUUUUGGAAGUGUGUACAAAUGGGAGUCCAUUAUGGAGAUAUAUAGUGAUGCCCAUACAUUUGGUCUGAAAUCAGCUUAUCCAGUAGCAGUUAGUAAUUCUAAUCUUGCAAUUUCUUGGCUGGAAGCAACAUUUCCAGAUUUAACAAACCAAACAUCAGAAGGGAUGGACCUUUCUACAUUAAGAGCUCGUCCUUUUGCAUUAUUUGAUGCAUCACUUUCUUUGCAGGGACCUCUUAGAAAGGUUUGUCAUGAGGCGGAAGAAGGUUUAUCCAUUCGUGGUGCAGAAUGUGAAGGUCGUGCAGUUAGUCUUUUGUAUAAUAUAGUCAGCAAAGACUCAAUUUUGGUGACUGCUUGGAGUGGUGGUCAAUUGCAAAUAGAUGCCUUGGCUGACGAAAUCCAGCCAGUCUGGAAUGUUGGUAGUCCAUCUCGUCUCCGUGUUGAUUUCCAUGACCAUAUUGUUGGUCUGGCUAUGAUUUGUGAGUCAAAUCAAAGUAAUCAUUCCACUGUUAAGCUUGAUCAAUCACUUGAAAACACUGUUUGGUUGGGGCAUCCUCCUCCUCUACUGAGAUUAGCUAUCGUGGAUCUGGCACUUCCAACUAAAGCAGAAAGUGGUUCUACUAUCACAAUGUUUUUUGAUCCUCUUAUGCCAGAAAGAAUAUACUGUCUUCAUGAUGGAGGUAUAGAUUCAGUAGUGUUGCAUUUCCUCCCAUUUACAAGUCAGAUUAGUGACAAAAAUGAGGUUGGGAGGACACCGUCGGUGCAUCCUAUUCUGAGUACUUGCCAGGGAGAAACCUCAUCGCCAUCCCCACUAUGUGGUUUUGUGUCGUUAUCGGAUUCGUUUGGGUAUUCUUGGAUUGUUGGUGUAACAAUUUCACGAGAGUGUGUUGUGCUAGAGAUGAAAACAUGGAACCUGUUGCUUCCAAUUCAUGUUGACAAUGAGAACAAGUGUACAGAACUAAAUGAGACAGAAAUGCCAGAUAUCAUUAGCAAAGAACUACUCAGUGGACCUAAGGUGGUUCUUAUGCCUCAAACAUCAAAUCUUGGUUCUGUUGCCGCAGAUUCUAUUGAAGGUCGAUCAACACUUCAUCAGUACUUCAAGCUUUUCCAUGAAAAUUAUGUGGAGUAUGCACAUAAGGUGUACUUUGAGCUCAAGCAUCACGGGCUGCACUUGAAGAGAAUUAUUGAUAACCAGCACGCUCGUUUAGGUGAGGCGCAUGAUAAAAUUUUGAAGGUGGAGGAGAAGCAGUUAACGCUGGAGGAAAAGCUUGUUCAUGCAAUGCAUCAGCAUAAUCUCUUGGAGGAACGUUUGAAUCGCUUGAGGAACUUGCCUGGGGCACACAAGAAACCACUCUCUAGAGCUGAGCGUGAUUUCAAGUCUGAACUUGACCAGUUUCGUGGGGUUGAGCUAGAUGCUUUGCAUUCUUCAAUAUCUGCUUUAACGGCCAGGUUGAGAAAGCACACACAAUCUCUUAAGGGCAAUGCAUCAGAGCAACGCAAGAUGAUUUCAGGAAGGAAGAACGUUCAAGAUACUCAAGUCUCUCUUCUGAAAUCUUCACUUGAGAAGCUUUCACUUGUUAAUAGCGAGAAUUCGGAAAAGGUUAAGCUUGUUGAGUCUGUAUUGAAGGGCCGGGAGAGCGGCAGCUGAGAAAGGCAGGCAUGGUAUGUACUAUGUGAGAUAGUAAGCUUCUUCAGAGAUGGAUCUGAACAAAAGAUCUACAUUCUCAUCUCAUUGCGAAAUCCUUGUUCGAAGAUACAACUUAAUCCGUACAAAAGCUUUUAGCCAGUGGGGAUCUUCCAAAGCUUUUCUGUUUUCAUUUUUCACGAAAAGUUGAGGGCUAUGCAAGAGUGUUGGGACCAUAAGGGUUCUUCCCUUUUUCUAUCACUGAAUCCUUAGCUUUUUACCGAGAAAUAUCAAAGUAUAUACAUUAUAACUUCUUGGUACAUUCUUAGAAUUUGGACAUGAUGAUAUUGAUUGGAGUAGGGUAUACUUAAUGCCAAUGAUUAUUUUAUCA